CGCAGGAGAACAAGAGCGACAGGCCUAGUCCUAGACGAAACAGAGCAAGACACUCCAGUCAGAAAGGGCAGAGCAGCCGGCCGGCCGUGUCCGUCGGAGAGGGUGAAGAUAUAUUGGUUAGCUUUGCAGCGAGAUCGAGAGAAGAAUGGCGCGCGGUCUCCUGGAGGUGCAUCUGGUCGACGCCAAGGGCCUCUCCGGCACCGAUUUCCUCGGGAAGAUCGACCCGUACGUGAUCGUGCAGUACCGGAGCCAGGAGCGCAAGAGCAGCACCGCCCGAGAUGCGGGGAGGAACCCGAGCUGGAACGAGGUGUUGAGGUUCCAGAUCAACUCCUCCGCUGCCAACGUGCAGGAUAAGCUGGUCUUCCGGAUCAUGGACCACGACACCUUCUCCCGCGACGAUUUCCUCGGCCAAGCAACGAUCAAUGUGACCGAUCUGAUCAGCAUAGGCAUGGAGAGCGGCACAUCGCGGCUGAACCCGGCCAAGUAUAGGGUGGUCACCGCCGACAACUCGUACCACGGCGAGAUCAAAAUCGGCAUCACCUUCACCGCCGCAAAGGUUGAUGCCCAUGGCAAGGUUGAAGAAGAUGGAGCACAGGUUGGAGGCUGGAUGCAGAGCUUUCGUGAGCACAAGGUCUGAGGGUCCGCUCGGAUCCUUCGGUCGUGCAUAAUUAGUGGUGUUGCCGUGUUGGAUGUGGCCAACCGUAUCAUAUGCCUAUGGUUGAAUGAUGUGACUCCAAGUGUGUAUGCUGCAUUUUGUAGCACUUUAGUCAGAAACUGUCCAAUUCUUGAUA